AAUGGAAAGAGCUGCAAAUCUCAUAUUAACAGCAGGAUCCCUACUUGUAGGAGGUGGAAUGUUAUUUAAGUCCUUCUUUUAUACAGUAGAUGGUGGAUAAAGAGGAUUAAUAUUUGAUCGAUUUUAAGGAGUGAAAGAAUCUGUCUAUGGAGAAGGAAUGCACUUUUUCAUUCCAGUUAUUUAAGUAUUGAAUAAAAUGAUGAUAUUUAGUCACCAAUCGUGGCUGAAGUUCGUCUUUAACCAAAAACUGUGGCUUCUCACACAGGUACAAAAGAUUUGUAAACAGUGGAUAUUGCUAUAAGAAUGCUACAUAAACCUAUUGAAUAAUAUUUACCUGAAAUUUAUAAGUAGAAUUUGCAAAUAAUAUUUAUCUUAGAACAAUUGGUUUAAAUUAUGAAGAGAAGAUUCUUCCAUCUAUUGCUAAUGAAGUUUUGAAAGCAGUUGUGGCUUAAUAUGAUGCAGAUCAAUUAAUCAAAAUGAGAGAAAAGAUAUCCUAAGAAAUUAAGGAAGGUUUAAUUGAAAGAGCAAAGGAAUUCAAAAUUGUAUUGGAAGAUGUAUCAAUUACACAUUUGGGAUUUAUGAAAGAAUAUGCUCAAGCUAUUGAAGCUAAAUAAGUUGCUUAAUAAUUGGCUGAAAGAUAAAAAUUCAUAGUGUUAAGAGAUGAAGAAGAGAAAAAUGCAAAAAUUAUUUUAUCAGAAGGAGAAUCAGAGGCUGCAAGAUUGAUUAAUGAAGCUGUUAAAUCAUAUGGAACAGGUAUUAAUAUUUAAUUUAAUUAAAUAGCCUAGAUUGAAAUCAAGAAAUUAGAGACUGCUAAACAUAUAGCUGAGACAUUAGCUAAGAGUCCAAAUAUUACAUGGAUACCAACUGGAAAUGGAGUUUCAAAUCUAUUGAAUUUGAAAACAUUUUGAGAAUGU